GAUUAAUUAAUUUGUCUUCUAGUGUCAGAUGAGGUGCUAUAGAUCGCUUUUAGAACUGCCGAGAGAGCAAGCACGUUGGCCUUAUACAAUCACGCUGGCACUGCGCGUGGGGAUAUCGCACCAAGAACCUGCUGACAGCUUUUACUCCUUCGAUCUACUUCGUUCGUCAAGCACAACCUGGUACCAAAUCCCCCGCGACCAUGAGACUCUCCUUCCUCCCCGCAACCCUACUCCUCCAACAUGCUGCCGGCCACUCCCUCUUCCAGCAGCUGUGGGUCAACGGUGUCGACAAAUCGAACACCUGCGUCCGCACACCGCGAAGCAACAGCCCCGUCUCCAGCGUAAGCUCCAACGACAUGCGCUGCAACGCUGGCGGCGCGGCUGGCGUAUCUGGAAAAUGUGCUGUCAACGCUGGCGACACUCUCACGGUGGAGAUGCAUCAGCAACCCGGCGACCGCUCCUGCAAGAACGAAGCUAUUGGUGGUAAUCACUACGGUCCUGUCCUUGUGUAUAUGAGCAAAGUCCCCGACGCCUCCAAAGCCGACGGCUCGACUGGCUGGUUCAAAGUCUAUGAGAACGGGUGGGCGGCUGCACCGGGCAACAAGGGUGCCGCAGACAACGACUACUGGGGCGUCAAAGACAUGAACAAGUGCUGUGGGAAGGUCGACUUCAAGGUUCCGAAGGACCUUGCCCCAGGGGACUACCUGGUUAGGGCGGAGGUGGUCGCGCUGCAUACGGCGCAGAGCGCGGGUGGGGCGCAGUUCUAUAUGAGCUGUUAUCAGAUUACCGUUACGGGAAGUGGAACGCUAGCGCCGGCUACGGUGAAAAUUCCGGGGCUGUAUGGCUCGAGUGAUCCUGGCAUCAAGAUCAACAUUCACUCUGCUAUUACUGGUUACACCGUCCCCGGGCCCAAGGUUAUUGCUGAGGGCACAGCGGUAACGCCUGGAAAUCCUGUUUGUGCGGCGAAGAGAAUCCGGGGUGCGAACAAUGUCUUUACGUUCUGAUGAAGCAGAUCACCGGAUCUGAUGAGGGAUUUUGAGCGGGAUUUCUCUCAUGUUGUUGCUGAUUUGGCGAGGGACAAUAUGUCUUCAUCGGCUUCUCACUACAUGUUUCGUCCCAGGUCAAGUGAGCAUCUCUCACAGCCAGAAAUCAAACCCAUAUCGGCUACAAGCCUUCAACAUGUUUAUUUCCGUGUUAGCG